AUUUUAGGUUUUUGCCACAAAUCAAACCACAGUAUCAGUCCUCAAUAGCACCCUCAAAAUGCUCUCCAAGUUCCGAAUCCUCCACCGCUUCACUCAACGCCUUUCUCCCACGAUCACCACCACACGCAGUACCAAUGUACCGCGUUUCUUCAUUCCCACCAACCCUCUUUGCACCAUUGUUACUUCACAACCUUCACCCGAAUCACCUGAACUCCCACCAUGGGUCAUGUUCUCCGACAACCCAACUCCCUCAAAUCCCGACGACGAUUUCGUCAUCCCUUCUCUCGCUCACUGGGUUGAUUCCAACAUGCUUGAAACCAAACCCAACCUCUUUCUGAAGCCAACAUUAGAGGAAAGCGCGGAACUUGAACAUGUUGAAGCAAUCAGCAGUGUUCUAAAAGAACAUUACUCUUCGCCUGAGUUAGUUUCUCAGGCACUCGAUGAUCAUGGGCUUAACGUUUCUGAUAGUUUGGUUAUGCAGAUUUUGAAGAGGUUUAGCAAUGAUUGGGUUCCGGCUUUUGGGUUUUUCAAAUGGGCAAAAACACAAACACCUUAUGUGCAUUCUCCUGACCACUAUAAUUUCAUGGUUGACAUAUUGGGAAAGUUCAAGGAGUUUGAUCUCAUGUGGGAGUUAGUGAAGGAAAUGUCACAAAUUGAAGGGUAUGUGACACUGGGUACAAUGACUAAGGUUAUAAGGAGGUAUUCAAAGAGUCAUAAGCAUGAAGAUGCUGUUGAAGCAUUUCGCAGAAUGGACGAGUUUGGCGUCGAAAAGGAUAGACUUGCACUGAAUAAGCUCUUGGAUGCUUUGGUGAAAGGACAAAAUGUUGAACUUGCACACAGUAUUCUUAUUGAGUUUAAGGAUUCGAUUCCAUUGAGCUCUGCUUCUUUCAAUAUUUUGAUAAAUGGUUGGUGCAGAGUUAGAAAAUUUGAGAAUGCGCGGAAGGUUAUGGAGGAGAGGAAGCAACAUGGGUUUGAACCGGAUGUUUUCUCGUAUAACAAUUUCAUUGAAGCUUAUUGUCACAACAAGGAUUUUCGCAAAGUUGAUGAAGUUUUGGAGGAGAUGAGGGAGAAUGGUUGUUCUCCUAAUGCUGUGACUUAUACUAUUAUGUUGCUUGGUUACGGUAAGGCAGGGCAAUUGAGCAAAGCUUUGGAGGCAUAUGAAAGAAUGAAGAAGGAUGGCAUUAAGGCGGAUACUCCAUUUUAUAGCUCAUUGAUCUUCAUUCUUGGGAAAGCUGGUAGGUUAAAGGAUGCUUGUGAUGUGUUUGAGGAUAUGCCUAAACAAGGUAUAGUGAGAGAUGUUGUUACAUUCAAUACUAUGAUUAGUACUGCUUGUGUGCACUUGAAGGAAGAGACUGCUCUUAGGUUGCUUAAGGAUAUGGAGGAAUCGUCGUGCAAGCCGGAUCUUCAGACUUAUCAUCCGUUGUUGAAGAUGUGUUGCAAGAAGAAGAGGAUGAAGGUGCUUAAGUUUUUGUUGGAUCACAUGUUUAAGAAUGAUUUGAGUCCUGAUUUGGGGACUUAUACGCUUAUGGUGCUUAGUUUGUGUAAGAGUGGAAAACUUGUGGAGGCUUGUGCAUUCUUUGAGGAGAUGGUGUUGAAGGGAUUAAUUCCAAUGCAGAGUACAGUGAAAGUAUUGGUUGGAAAGCUAGAGCUCAAGAGCAUGUUGAAGGAGAAAGAACACAUUGAUGAAUUGAUGGCACGUGUUGCAGUGGAACAAAAGAUUUAGUGCAAUUUUGGCGUAUUUGGGGCGUUAUUAAUAGGUGGCUAGGUGUGUCAGCUGUUCUUACAAAUGAUAGCUGGGUGCAUUUAGAGCAAUUUGAAGGUCUUACGGAGAGCUGUAAAAUCCGUGCUAGUAGAGCUCGAGUGAUUUGGAUGGCGACCAUUAGGAACAUAUGGAAAGCAAGAAAUAACAGUAUCUUUAAAAACAAGAUCACUUCCAUGGAUCAAUUGAUUGAAAACAUUCAGAAACAAUCUUGGAACUGGUUGAGUACCAAACACAAAUCGAUGAAGUGUAACGUAUCACAAUGGUUUCAGAAUCCAAGGAUGAUGCUCAGUUAGGUGCAGUGCAGUUGCAGAUUGUAUCUGGUGUGCGUAUGCAGAUUAGAAGGCUGUAAAUUUCUGCUGUCAAGGUGUGGUUUGCUUAGGGUAUGCAUAGUAGGGUGGAUCGUCCCGCAAGCUGUUAAGCAAGAUCCGACAGCGGUUGGGUCUAUCACUCUGAUACAUCGUCAAAGGUGGAGCUGUGACAGAUUUUUCUUUGAAUAACCAGAGCAUUGCAGUAUAUUCCCUCUGGUCCCAUUUAUAAGAAAAGAU